AGCACCACCCGGAACAGUAGUGGCGCAGUCGUGCUAGGACGUGUGACUUGUCAGAUAGGGCAAAAUCCGAAAUAUUAUCUAUGAAUGUUGUCAGCCAGGUCUGUUUUUGAGACUAGAGGGACAGGUUUCAGAGGUAUUUGUUCUACGUGGCGACAUUGCUUUUUAGCGAGCGCGUUUGUGCUUCAUUUCAGGUCCAUAUCAAAUGCACUACUGCAGAAUAACACACUGAAAGAAAGUAGUUCAAAUGGCAGACAAAGGCAACAGUGAGGAUACGGGACAGCUUUCCUGUCAACCUUCUGACACUAUGCAGCAAGGAACUGACCGUAGGUCUAACCCAGGACCUAAUACAAAAGAAAAAAAUGAGAGUAUCAGUGAACCUGAGGAGCAACAUAAAGGCCCGUCUGGGGAUACUUCACCAGAUAUUAGAGCUAAAAAAAGAGAUGAAUCCAUUCUUAAUAUCCAAAAGCCUAAAAAAGUAGAAGAAAAGCAAGAAGAAAAGCAAGAAGAAAAGCAAGAAGAAAAGCAAGAAGAAAAGCAAGAAGAAAAGCAAGAAGAAAAGCAAGAAGACAAGCAAGAAGACAAGCAAGAAGAAAAGAAAAAAGAAAAGAAAGAAGAAGAAAAGAAAAAAGAAAAGAAAGAAGAAGAAAAGAAAAAAGAAAAGAAAGAAGAAGAAGAAUCUGAAGAAGAAGAAUAUGAAGAAGAAGAAGAAAAAGGAAAAGAAGAUAUGAAAAGGGAUAUAAAUGAAGACCAGGCUCAAGAUAGGAACAUCCAAUCACAGAUCACUGCGCCAGGAAAUAAUAAAACAUUUUGGAUUUGUGCAGCCGGUGCCAUUGUGUUAGCUGUGGUUUGUGCAUUAAUGUGUAGUCCUGACUCAACUCCACCUGUACAAAACGAGGUAAAUGUGGUGGACAUAUUCAAUCAGGAAAUGAAAAAUCUUAAGAAUAGCUUUCCAAAUCAGCAUGCAGAGCUCUGGAGGAGGAGUCUUAUUCAUCUUCGGCGCCACCUAAAAACUAAAAACCCCACCGAACCCGUCAGCCUGAUUCUGACGUCUGAUCACAGAGCUGAAAAGACACUUGGUUGCCUGGCCCAAUGUUUGGCCCAAGCCUUUUCUACUGCUCUUAACUCUUCGUUUCUGCAUAUUAAUGGAAAAGAUAAAGCAUCACAAGACAGUGAUCAGGUCAAGCUGGACAUUGAUAGAGAACUGAAAAAAGCCUUUGAGGAAAAAAAGUCUGCUGCGGUGGUCCACCGUUUUGAGGAGCUCCCUCCUGGAUCCACUCUCAUCUUCUACCGUUACUGUGACCACGAGAAUGCGGCUUAUAAAAACGUCUUCCUGGCCUUUACUGUAAUGCUUGAUGCAGAAGUGGAAGUGCCAUCCGAUGUCAAUCUAGGAAGAGUUGAGGAGAUGGUUCAAGAGCACAUAAAACACAAGUUUGUCUCCUCUGACAAGUCAGCAACGUUUAAUCAAAUGGACGUUGACAAACUAAGUGGACUCUGGAGCAGAAUAUCACAUCUCAUCUUGCCAGUGGCUGCAGAAGAGAAGAUUGAGCAGCAGGGCUGCGGGGAAUAUAAUAAAGCAUUUUAAAGACACUUUUUGCAUUUUGCAAAAAAAAUACUACUUCAAAUAUUUGACUUAAGCAAAAAAUAUAUGUAUAUGGGAAUUUGUCGCUGUUUGGAUGAUAGGCCUCAAUUUUCUUUGACACUAAACUACCACUUUGGAGAUAAUGAAUUUUAUAAAAACAUAAAAUGAAGGAAGUUUACCAUUUUUAUAGUUCUUCUUUCUUUUCAUGUAGAUCUGUUUGCAUCUAAAUUAUGUUUUAAUUUAAAAAAGUAAUUUUUUUUUUUUGAUCUGUACAUUUGGAUUUGGAGGUGAAAGUGUUAUAUUUGUUAUAUGAUCGAUUUUCUUUUCUACUUCAAAGCUUUAUUAGAGAAAAUAAACGUGCCUUAAUAAAUUUAUCAGCUCUUCUUCCU